ACCAGGCGCUACUCAGACAGCUAUGGUGGAGAAGCCCUGCGUUUCCAUAGCAACAAACUAAAGGGAAUGUGCGGGUGCUACUGAGAGCUGGUUAUUUCAUCAUUGAAAAUUACGUGAAUAAAUGAAUAGUAAACCACUCACCGUGUCCCUCAAUCAAAUGCCUGUUCCUGGGCCACCAUCUGCAUCCAAACCAGAGGGCAGAAAAAUGAAAAGUAGUUUAUCUCUGGUACCUGUCAGCAGUAGAAGUGCAGAGCUCCCUCAGCUAAGAAACAAAUCAAGUAUGCUGGACUGUUCAGGGCCUCUUCCCACUUCCCUACAGUGCGAUUUCAUCCCAAAAGAGAUCCUUCUAGCUCUGACUUCUGCUGCCAGUAGUGCCUAUAGCCCUGAAUAUUUAAGACCCCUCAAGAAAAACACAAGUGCAAAAGACUUCAAGGGGAGCAUACGUGUCCCAGAUGGGCUCUGGCAACAUCCCAUUCGCCGGAACAAGUUCAAAUACCUCAUAGACCAUCCCAUCUGUUUGACGGGAGCUGGAAGGGAUGUCUCAUUUCUAUAUGACAUAGCUGGAAAAGAAGAUGGACAAAAGAUGUCUCCAGCAAGCCCUUUAGCUGAACCACAUCAUUAUGAUUCAUCCAUGACUAGUGCUACAAGUGUAGCAGAUAGCCUUGUCCCUGAAGAAUUUCACAUUGUGAAGAACAAAGGAGUCCUGGGCUUGGAGUAUUAUGAUGAUAAAUACACAACUCUACUUGAAGAUAGUGAAAAUAGACUGCGGCUAUUCCCAUCCAUGAAACCAUCUGGGAGAUUAGAGGUCAUCCAGCUAAUGAAGGUGAUGGACACCAUGCUGGAGAAGGCUGGAGUAGAUGAUGAGCAAAUUGGGAUAACAGGACCUUCACAGUUGCACAAUGUAUUGGAGGUGCUGAAGACAGAGCAGAACAUUUACAACAUAGUGUUCCAUGAGCUGAUUCGACAGGUCAGUGUGGAUUGUGCAGAGAGAGGAGAACUGCUUUCUAAGCUUAGGCAGAGGUAUGUGCAUCUGCUGGAUCGAAUCCCCCAACAGAUGAGAAACCUUUACAAAGAAAUGAUGGCACAACGAGUAAUGGACAGGCACAUUACAGAAGAGUUAUACAACUUCAAGGAAUCUGUUGGACAGCUGACCAGUGAGCUAUGUGAGGUCCGAGAACACGACUUCAGGGUGACAAGAGAAGCAGAACGGGCCCAUGAGGAGCUGGCUGAUGCAGUGCGGGAUGCUGAGCUGAAUGCAAAUCUUGUGGAAGAAUAUCGUGAGUUGUAUGAGUUACAAAGAGCAAGGCUUGAGACCCAGCUGCUCCAGUUAACCCAAGAGAAAGAAAUCUGGAGCUCAGCUACAUAUGACCUGGCAAUGAAGGUGAUCGAAAGAAACCAGCUCACGUUGUCUCGCAAGCUCUAUGUUAGUGAAAAGGCAUGGACCAAAGUCAUCAAACACUUCAUAGUGCUUCUGGCAUCACAGGACACAGCAGACCUUUCCAAUUUGCAGGAGAUGACUGAGCAGUUCAGGGAGCUGUUGAACCGCAUUGGAGUUGAAGUGGAACAUGCUGAAAACUCCAGCAGGGAGAAGUUGCGAAUGGUUCAGAAUGGCCUCACCAAGUGGAUGCAGUACUUCCAGGACAAUGCUUUCAGGAAAGCAAGCUUCUCUAAUAUGAAGGGAGAAGUAUUGGAGGAAAUCCUGCAGGACUUCAAGAACUUGGAAAAUAUGUUAAAUGAGGACCUGGAGCAAUAUGGAGGAGAAGUUCUAUUAAUGAAGACGGAGACCCUCAAGACUGCUGCCAACCUGCAGAAACGUUGGACAGAACUGGGACAAACAGUGCUUAGUCGUCACAAGGACAUUAAUGGGGUGUUGCCUCCAGAGCUCAGAGCCAUGGAAGAAAUAAAUGAACAUGCAAAUGAGCUUUGCCAACAGUACAGCGUAAGAAUAAAUGGGGAGAAUGGGAUAACCAGGAUUUUGACAGGUUUAGUGAGCAGUAUGGAAGAUUGGACAUUCAAGAUGCUAACCAACAAGCGAGGAUCUGUCAUGCAUGAAUCUGAUUGGCUGAAACUGUUUCGAGUGAUUCCUGAUUGGCUGACCCAGGUGGCUGCACUGAUGACAGUUAUAGGUUCCGGCCAGUCUCAUGAGGAUCGGAGCAAUAGAAAGCCUCAUGUCUCGGUCGUUUCAGGUGAUGUGUUUAAGAUGAUUCAACAAUGGGUCUUGACCACAACUUCUGGGGCUGAGAAGGACAACAUACAGCUUACACAGGAAAUGAUUGAUCUCCACAAAGCCCUGACCAUGUGGAUAGUGAAUUUGCUGACUUUGAUGGUACCUGACCACUCCUCCAAUAAAGGUCUCCUAGAGAAUGAGUCAGAAGCUGCUAAGGAUCAGGAGCUCAAGAGGCUAAGGGCCUAUAAACUAGAGGAAGAAGCUAUGAACCUGGUUCCCAAACUGAGCAGAUUCUCCAGCUAUGUAAUGAGCUGCUGCAAGGAGUUGGUAGAUGUUAUAGUUCGGAAGAAACAAGCUGAAUUGGAUUCAGACCACAAUUAUGAGCUGCGGGAGCUGGAGAAAAUCAAGACCGAGUGCCUUGAUUGGAUUAAUACCUGCAAUCUCCUGCUUUCUGAAUUCAAAGGUUCUCCAGUCUCCUUACUGAGUUUAGAAGAGCAGAGGAACCUGUUUGGGCCUCAGGAGACCCAGCCACAGAUGCACUCAAUUGUUGUGGAUUCUUUACCUGAAGAAUUUUCUGAGACUUCUUCUGAACUUGGGAAAGACAAAACUGAAGAUGUUGAUGCUGAUAAGAAAUCUGAGAAAGGGGAAGAAGUGUUAGAGGAAAAGCAGGAGCUACCUGUGCCAGAUGUCAGCAGUGAUGUCCCAACUGUAAGCAGUGAGGUAACUGAGGACACCAUCAGGUACCUAGGACAUGACUCCAACAUCCAUUUGAAAUCCCUCAAGUCAACAGCGGUGUCGGUCUCUGGGAAAGAGAUGACUGCCAGCAAGUCAACAACCCCGUAUUCUCAAAAGGAGUUUGAGACCUUGGCUUCACUAGAACGUCUGCAAGAGCAGCUCUUAGAAGCUGAGAUCCGUGCUCAGAAUGCAGAGGAGAGAUCAGAAAGCCUGGAUGAGCAUCUGGAAGAAGCUCUGGGGAGAAUCCAGGAUCUAGAGAAACAGCUGGAAAAAGCACUCAAAGCCCAGGAAGUAGCACCAAAACCAGAAGUACCUUCCCAAGAAGAAUCCAAGCCAACUUCUCAUAAACCAUCUGCUGCUGCCCGGUCCAAGAAAGCCAGCAGACCCAAACAUUAAAGAGUAGCAAUGCCCAGUGAAGGUCGUUUGGUUCCCAUUUGUAGUAGACUUUCAGCAUAACACUGCCCAUCUCUGAGGCUCCAGAUACACUUUAAUUCCAAGUUCUUUAGUAUAGCAAAAUGACUGAAUGCACCCUCCCAAGGAGAGCUUUAGACAAAGCACUGGAGAGGAUCUUUUCUAGGUUUAUAAAUUAUCUGAAACUCCCACGCUGAGUAACGCAGUAUUUUAGUGUAGUUGCCGGUCAUAACUGGAGACUGGACUAGAACAGAACUUGUAGAAAAGGCUUUCAGGCCUUCUCAACAUUGCUGUUAGUAGAGUCUUUAAGAGAUCAGGUCAUAAACUUAUCCCAGGCUAGCUGUACUGCCACAAUUGGAAUUUUGGGAUUAGUUGUCCAGAUCUCAGAUCCAUUCAUAAGUGCUCAGCUUGUGAACAUAAAUCUUGGGAUGGUUUCUUCCAGGUAUGGAAACAAAGGGAGGCUCCUGGACCAGGUCUUUCUCAGAGUGGGAUACAGGAUACUUUCUAAGUACUUAGAGGGGAGGUUUCCAACUAAUUUAUACAAGCGCAGUGUAUAGAAAAAGAAAAAAAGUUCUGCUCAGUGUUGCUUGAGAAAUAAUUAAGGCAGCAGACUCAGAAUACCUCUUCUGAGAGCCAUUAUUUCCAUGGUUAUCAUCCUUUUACAAGAUGUCCAUGGCUUUUGAUAUGUUGGGACGUCUGUUAACGUGGAUGGUGAAUUGGAGAGGAACAGCUCUGUCAGUUUGAUUGAGACUCUUAAGGAAACAACCCACAGGACUGCCCAGAAGGGUUAUAGAGACAACGCUGCCAGGACACAAAGGUGGAGCCCUGCUGACUAAUGGGGAGAGUCCUAAGUACUAAACCUCCAAGGCAAUGCAGAAUCAUCAGGACAAGAAAAAGAGCUGAUGGCAGGGCAGCUCCUAACACUGUAAAACAAUGACUGUGGAAAACAAAGAUGAAGCAGCUUGCACCUACAAAAAGGACUUUGGGGGUGGGGUGUGACAGGGAGUAGUAAAAUCCCCUACAGUCACAAAGUGUCCCCAGAGCAUCCAAACUACAACGGGAGGCUGGGCCUGCAAAGAAAGUUUGAUUACUACAGCAAAUAUCAGUGACCUGCCCAGGACUUUGCCUUGAUUGGUUUUAUUGCCUGUUAUUGCCAGGGCUUCUCCGGGACUUUGCCCUGUUUUACCAUUUAUAUAUACACACAGCCCUACUCUCUGCUUUUCCAGGGCUCUGUAUAUGUAGAAAUGUUAAAGAUGCACCUCUGUUGCUCCAAUGAAAUGACCAAAUGUCUUAUUAGCCAGUUAUUAGCCAGUAGAGACUAUUACAACUUGAUUCUCAAGUUUACUGGGCCUGAGGAUCUCAUUUCAAAUCCCUGUGUUUGGCCUUAUCAUUAGCGUUUGCAUCAUUGCAUAAUGACUUAAGAACGGUCUGUUGCAGGUGCAAUAGCAAUUAAUAAGAAGAGAUGUCCAAUAACUAGGCUUGAUCAAGUUAUUAAUCAAAGAUUAAUACAGCAUAAUACAGAAAGGAAGAGUCGAUAUGUUACCAACCCCUUUGGAAGACAGCAAUGGCAGCGGUCACGCUGUCUCAAAAUUCUGUGCUUCCCCCUGCUGUGUUUCUACCUAACUGGGAAGAGUUCCAUCAGUUUCCUAGACCACUUUACCUAAUACACCUUUUUGACUGUUUUCUUUUACUGUUUUUCACUGACAAUGAGGCUCAAUACAUUUUUACCCCAGGAUGCGGGAAGUAUGUUGUAAGUUUCAAGAUGGCAUAUGGUUUACAUUUUGACAGUUAUACAGACCCUGCACAUUACACAAAAACAGAUGCAUGUACGCAAUAUUUUUUAGGCAUAGUGUUUUAGAAAUUAACAAAGUUUAAAGGUAUCUUAGGUUUUGCAUUCUCCAGCACAGAUACGUAGCAGAAGACAGGAGUUCUUACAAAGGUCACAGCGUCUACAUAGCAUACAGUUUAUAGAAUUUAACAUGAAUAUAAAGGACUUCCGAUAUAACAUA